AUAAUACCGCUAAUACCAAAUCAAUUAAAUUGUACGAAUAACGAAUAUUGGAAAGUCGAAAUUUUCGCCAUCCAAAAGAUUACAUCAGUUCACAGUGAAACCGCGAGAUAUUUUUUCGCAAUUUGAAAAACUUUAAAUGAGCGACUGAUCGCGCAAUAUUAUAAUUCGUCCCAUAUGAUCUGAUCGAUCAGCUGCGAGGGAACAUUUCUAUGAUAUACAUAUAUAUCUUAUAAAUUAAACUAUGCCGUAUCGUAUUUUGUAACGCGUUUUAAUAUGCAUAUAUACCUCAUGUACGACGAUAACCGCUACAGCAGCCAGACUGAUAUUUUGUGAAAGGAAACAGUAGUGCAGAUUGCACAGAGAAACAAAAGUUUGUGUCGGUACACCGGUUGACUAACGGCAAAUUCAAUCUCACGCGUGAUAUUCUCUCUCUAUCUCUCUCUCUUUCUCUCUUCCUUUCGCAUUAUCAUCAAGGCGUCAGAGAAUUCAUAUUUCGCAUGAUCAACACGCAUAUUAUACAGCGUUAUUAUCUUGUAGACAAGAAAUAUGUAAAUUCUGGGUCAGUAAGAUAAUAAAUGCCCAUUCAAAAUACAUUAGGAUAGUUUAUCGGUAUGAGUAAACGUCUGCGGUACCUUCCGCGUCCAGGAUGCGAGAACUAGGACAAUUGGUGGCGGUACUGGCGUGGGUGGUGUUCAGGACUCACCUGGUCUCGGCGCAGUCGCCGCACCUUGGAGGAGCUGUGAACGUCUUCAGCAGAUACGGUUACCUAAGCAUAAGCAUGAGGGUGGUACCGAGGAACGACACGGAGAGUUGGAUAUUCCGGGAACCAACGUUGGACGUGUUCCUGAACCCGGUUGCGGCGCCGCCGCGUCCGCAGGACAAAAACGCGGUGCUUAAGGGCGACUUUCACAUGGAGUUUUGCGACAACAUAAGACAGCUGCUCCAGGCCUACUUCAGGGACUUUACGUUCGAGAGACUCGACAGACCCUGGCGAGCCUUCACCGCGAGUUGGUCGAGGACGGCGAUCGCCAGACACCUUGGUAUAAACGCGUCAUUCGCGACCGGGGAUCACUGCUACGUCCUCGUCCGCGUCGCCAGAUUCAGGGAAAGCCAGCGGCUAAACGGACCCGUGGAUUCGCUGAUACUCGACGAGGCGAUAGCGCGGGAAGUCGAGAACGUUACGAUCGGGGAUUACGGAAGCGUCAUUAGAUUCGUGAGAAACUUUGGAUCGCACUACGUGUCGUCGUACGUGACGGGAAAUUCGCUCUAUCAGGUGUUCGUAUACACGCCGCAGGUGUAUUUGCGUAUAAAAGGAAGACUGAAGUCCCGUGGCGUUGGUGAACUCUCGACGUCCGAGCUGAACAAUUUCUUUUCACCAUGGUACGCGGAGCACAUGGGUGCGAUACAAUCUGCAAGUGGGAACCGAUCGGUGGAAGCGUGGGCGGUGGACAGACUGCGAGUACAAUACUACAUAUUUACCUACGCGAGUUUGCUGAAACUUCACGGUGACGUGCCGCUGCUACGUCAGCUGGAUUCGCUCCUCGGUAACGAGGCUCUGCUUCAGCUUCAGCUCCGAACCCUGGAGCCACUCUUCAAGAAUCAUCCGGCCCGACUCGCGUGGUUUCGCGAAAUAAUUGACAAUUUUUUCAAACUUUGCGAAGUGAACGUGUGAAUACCGAGCUUUUCUAGAUCAAUCAAAUUACAACAUAUAUAACAAAGGGAAGACAGUGAUGUAACAAUGUAUGUACGAUUGCACGGAU